CUUGACCUCUCUUACUCCACUUUGCGUUCCUGCGAGAUACGUUACUCGUCUGACAGCGUUCGUUGACGUUGUUCGAGUGCUUGAUCAAGAAAGGAAAAAUCAGAGAACAAGAGUGUAUUGAAAAAGCCUGCAGCCGAUAACAGACUGUGAAGUGGGAUCAUGAAGGGUUACCAAACCCCACGAUAUGACUUGGAGUCCUCUGUCGAAUACAUGGAUGAUGGCAGUUCGUUGGAUAGAGGAUACGAGGAUCCGACGGACUGGCCUGAGCCUCUGGAAAUCAAUGGAUUCGUACCAAGACGACGAAAUUUACAUUUUAAAGGCUUGGGAGCAUCGACGUUGCCCCGUCUUCGAAUCAUUCAGUUUCGAAGGAAGAUGCGAAGGACCUUCUGUGUGUUGAUUAUUGGCUAUCUCUCCAUGACUGGCCUGUUCCAUAUUCUAGGAAAUACCUUACAUCAUUACUUUCCGGACGAAAUGGAUCUGAUCGUUCACCCAUGGAUCGACUCCGCGGCGGCAACAAUUGGCGUCGGACACUGGUUGUCCGACUCAACAAUGACUGCGCAACCUGUGCGUUGCCAUUCACAUAACGAUUAUUUGAGGAAUGUGCCACUUUUAGAAGCCAUUUCUGCGGGCUGUCCGAGUGUCGAAGCCGAUGUAUGGAAUGAAGAUGAUGACCUGUAUGUGGCCCAUCGUCAUUUCCAGUUGGAGGCCAACCAUACGCUGGAAGGUUUGUAUAUCAAUCCACUUCUCGGCAUUUUCGACCGCCAAAGAGACACCUUCUCAUGUGGACGAGAGAUGCCUUGUCACUCCCCCUCGACUGUUAAUGAGCCUCUCGCUGGAGUGUUCGAGUCUGAUCCGGACCGGCCGCUGGUCGUCCUCAUCGAUUUCAAAACAGAAGGAAACGCAACCUGGGAGAAACUUCAGAGACAACUCGAGCCACUUCGACGCAGAAACCUGCUCACGCAUUUCAACGGUACAACCAUUGUACCUGGCCCCGUGGUGAUUGUCGGCACGGGAAACACCCCAUUCGAUAAAAUAACGGCAAAUAACACCUACCGUGAUGUCUUUUAUGAUGCACCACUGGAUCUAUUGGCUGAUACGUCUCAAAUUUGGCCAAAUCCAAACAGAGCUCAAGCUGAAAGCUCUCAAAUGCCGGACAACUGCAUUGAGCAAGGUGUAUUGCCGAGCAGCAUUGAACGAAGGGAAGUCAGGACAUACAACGUGGAAGAAAGUAAAGUCUCAGACAAAUACAACUCUCAUAAUAGCUACUAUGCUUCUGCUCAUUUCAAAAGAGCAGUUGGGCAUGUUUGGGGUUCGCGAUUGUCGCAAGAGCAAUUACAGCGCAUCCGGGCCCAGAUCCAUGGUGCUCAUCGAUUAGGCCUAAAAGCCAGGUAUUUCGGUGUGCCAGCAUGGCCUGUUGGGCUGAGGAAUCAUAUUUGGCAUAUUCUAACACGGGAGGGUGUAGAUGUACUCAGUGUUGAUGACCUGCGACAGGCAACUACAUGGGAUUGGAGGAAGAAGAAGGGUCUGUUCUUUUAGCACUUUUGUAUUUG